CCUCCUCCGCCUCGGCAGUGCGGGCCGCCUCCCUCCCUCCCUCCUCCGGCCGUAGCCUCCUCCGGCGGCAGCGGCGGUGCCCGCCGGCCCCAUGGCGGCGGAGCCCCAGCCCAAGGCGCUGACUCGCAAGCCCCUCCUGCUCAACAAAGUGGAGGGGUCGCAGGAGGUGGUGAACAUGGCAGCGAUAGUGCCCAAGGAGGACGGAGUCAUCAGCGUCUCCGAAGACAGAACAGUUCGUGUCUGGCUGAAGAGAGACAGUGGGCAGUACUGGCCCAGCAUAUACCAUGCAAUGCCAUCUCCAUGUUCAUGCAUGUCUUUUAACCCGGAAACCAGAAGGCUGUCCAUAGGUCUAGACAAUGGUACAAUCUCAGAAUUCAUUUUAUCAGAAGAUUACAACAAGAUGACACUAGUGAAAAGUUACCAGGCUCAUCAGAGCAGGGUCAUCAUGAUUCUGUUUGUCCUGGAGAUGGAGUGGGUGCUGAGCACCGGACAAGACAAGCACUUCACGUGGCACUGUUCGGAGAGUGGCCAGCGGCUGGGGGGGUACCGCACCAGCGCAGGCGCCUGCGGCCUGCAAUUUGAUGUGGAAACCCGGCAUGUAUUUGUUGGUGACCAUUCUGGGCAAGUCACUAUCCUGAAACUAGAGCAAGAGUCCUGCAGCCUUGUUACCACAUUUAAGGGACACACAGGUGGUGUCACUGCUCUCUGCUGGGACCCAAUACAGCGAGUUUUAUUCUCAGGCAGUUCUGAUCAUUCCAUUAUAAUGUGGGAUAUUGGAGGAAGAAAAGGAACAGCCAUCGAGCUGCAAGGACAUAAUGAUAAAGUUCAGUCUCUCUCCUAUGCUCACCACACCCGGCAGCUCAUCUCCUGUGGUGCAGACGGGGGAAUCGUUGUCUGGAACAUGGAUGUUGAGAGGCAGGAGACCCCAGAGUGGCUGGAUAGUGACUCCUGUCAAAAAUGUGACCAGCCUUUCUUCUGGAACUUCAAGCAAAUGUGGGACAGUAAGAAAAUUGGCCUCAGGCAGCAUCACUGCCGGAAGUGUGGGAAAGCCGUGUGCGGGAAAUGCAGCUCCAAGCGCUCCUCCAUCCCGCUGAUGGGGUUUGAGUUCGAAGUGAGGGUCUGCGACAGCUGCCACGAGUCCAUUACAGAUGAGGAGCGGGCGCCUACAGCUACUUUCCAUGACAGUAAGCACAACAUUGUUCACGUACACUUCGAUGCCACCAGGGGGUGGCUGCUGACCUCGGGGACAGACAAGGUUAUUAAGUUGUGGGAUAUGACACCAGUAGUGUCUUGAUGUUACAUCAGUGGAACUUGAAAGGUGAUAUUUACAGAAGAAACGGAUUUCCUAACCCUAAUUAUACUGCAGAAGAUAGAUAACACUGGGUGCUUACGGCAGAUGAGAAAGGAACUAAUGUGUUUACAACAACUUUAUGUCCUCUGCUUGAUCCAGGCUGAGCAUUUGCACGAAGACUCUUUCCACUUCUUCUCAAAAUAUACAAGAAGGUAUUUUUUUAACUAACGGUUUGUACGAUCUGACUUUGGUUGUCUUGAGUUUGUUUGGAAAAAUCUGUGUGCAGUGCAAUUUUUAGUUUUUAUAUUUCACUAUGUCAAGAUACUUGCUGCUUUGUACAGAGGGUUCUUGGGUUGUGUCUUCCUCUGUGAGUUUUCGGUGUCAACAGACUGUGUACGGCAAUCGGCUCUCCCUGCAGCCAGUACCUGUUGGUUUGGGAUAUUUCUGCUGACCAUGCUCUCUUCAGAGGAGGAAAUCCAGGCAUGGUCUCUGGGUGCAUCACUGAGGAGCUGAUGGACUGUUGCAAAUGCUAAAAGGGCUCUACCAUCUACUUGUCCUAGUGGGCGUCAUCCAGAGAGCAUUCAUUGGUCUGCAAAAUCAUCCCGCCUCUUCCUUUGCUGCACAAGUCGCAGAACCAGGGGUCAGGUUAUUCAGCAACUGAUUUCUACAGAAAACCGAAAUAGUUUUCCAGCUCAGAGCAUUACAGGAGCACACAGACUUAUUUGAGUUUGAUGAUGAUGACAGUCUGAUUCAAAUUAUUGGCAACAGGAACUUUUGGGAGUGUGUGCAUGGAGGGGGGCAGAUCUAAAACUGGUCUAGAUCUGAAAAGUCUGGUUUAUCUCUACCUCUACCUCUACCUUGCACAGCAACAUUUCAGCAUUUGUACCUGUCUAUGUUGUUGAAGAUGAAUUUUGUUUUUCCUGUCUUCCAUAUGGUUAGUCAUAUUUAUUUUUCAAAAUGCUGAUGGUUUUUAUUAAUUUUCUCUAUAGACCCAAAUUGAUAUUGCUGAAUGAUGCCCAUUGUCCUGUUGUCAUACUUUACAGUUUCUCUUAAAAAUAAACAGUAUUUAAAAACCUGGGUUGACCAAAAUUACCUUUUUAGAAUGAUAUUGUCAAGGUGAAUAAACUGAAAAAGCCCUUUUUUCCAAAGGGACCUUCUCUGAGGAGCCAACUCUCCAUUCCUUUAAUCCAUGUUACUUUUAAGCAUGGUAUUACUCACGCAUUUCAAAGAAGCUGGUGUAGAGAACAGAACUGCUGUCCAGACCAAAAGCUUUCCUGCAUCUCCUGUUUCAGCAGGCCCUGUGGUUGUAGCAGCUGAGACACGACACAUUGGUAGUGGUCAGUUUUGCCCUGUUUUGGACUUACCUUCUUGCCUCUGUGGUGGGGAGGCCAUGACAUUUGCCACUACAGAGCACAUUGCUACCUGGAGAAACCUUGUGUUCUCUCUUGAGAGAGAAUUCUAAGAGAAAAUAAAGUUUCUCCUUUGUUUGCCCAGCAGCAAUUCACUUCUGAGGGGAAAAAGGAAUGGUUAAUUCAGUCCAUGGCAUUAAUUCUGCUCCAGUGAGCUGCUGCAGUAAAGGGUGAGUGGACUUCUGUGUGCACAUCACAGGACUGCUGUCUAUUUUCAGGGAAAAUUCUCUUUUUAAACAUCCCAUAACUUGUGAUGAAGCAUUUUGCAGUCACAUUCUCUGAAAUAACACCACCUUGGAUUUCCUGGUCGUACAGCUUGUUGUUGGUUUCCCUCUAGACAGCAUAUUUUAAAGCAUAUUUUCAAACAUAAUUCACAGACUGCUAUUAUUUUUCCAGCUUGAAAGUUGUUUUCUCCGUCCUCCCACUUUCUCUCCUGGAAACUAGAUGCUUGUUUCCUCUUGGAAUGCUUUUUAUUACACCUUGUGCAUGUUUUCUGAUGACUGAAGUGUUCUUGGCUGUCAAAGCUGUGCAAGAUGAGCAAGUGGCCUGCCGUAUUUCAUUCCAGCUGGAGAAUAUGUACAAAGCUUUGCUGGACUGUGGUGUUCCAUCUUCCUUUGGGCUCAGGGCCUUUUGGCCAAAGAUGUGACUUGUGCUGUGCAGGGAGUGCAUCUCCUGGUGACAGAAAAACGGGCACACUGAAGUGAAUUUAAAUUGCUGUUUAGUGCCCAGUUGAUGAGACAGCAGUGGCACCAAGUCUGGGACUCCAGCAUGAAUUCUGCUCACCCUGAUGGAGCGGUGGAGUCAGCAAGCUGAGGAUCUGCCCCUGGUCAGUGCCUACUCCUGAACAUGUAAUGUGGAAACAAAGGUGAAGAACUGAUUCCAAAGGAGACUACAUUUCAGAAUGACUUGGACUGUUUUGCAAUAAACUCGUGGCCACUCCCCCUGUCUUCCAAAGAGUCAUGGUUUCAGUGUUGCUUAUGUCUGCAUGUGGGGAUGCAUUGAUGUGCCGAGUCUCUUCUGUGAUGACUUUUUAUGUAAUAUUGAGGAAGACAGAGUUUUUUUCUCUUCAAAACUGCAUCUUGUGAAUGUUGGCAGGAAAUCUUUGCUCCUCAGAAGAAAAAAUGUCAUCCCGAGGUUGCCAGUAACCUGAAGUUCUGGGAUUUGAGAUGAACUUUGUGUGAUCAAAUGACUUUUCAUUGCAUUUUCCCAGUUUGGGGAUUUCCCCUUCUGACCAGUCUUUGGCCAUCUCUGAAAUUGUUUGCUGCAGGACACACUGUACUGCUUAGAAGAGAAAGAAAUUGAGUUCAGUUGAAACUGCUGCCAAGUAGGGACAUUGAACUCAAAACCAAAAUGAAAACAAGACAGCACAGUGCUGGCAAAGUCUGUGCAAAGAGGGGAUACCAAGAAGGAAUGUUAUCAGCAUACAAACAAAACCUAAAAAAACCAAACCGAAACAAAAAUCACCCACACUGUAGAAAUGUUCAUCAGAACUGCAUAAAACCAAACCAUCCCCCCAUCCCAGUACUGUAAGCCAGCCAGCAGCCAUGGUCCAGAUCCAGAAGCCACAAGGAACAUAGGGUUGUUCCAGUCUGUGAAGAUUUCCAUUUCUUGUUCUUUGGUUCAAUUGCCAAAUAAUAUUAACCUACUACCUCAAGUAGUUUUUUCAAACUGCAUUAAAUGCAUGAGCACCUGGACAUUAAGAGGGUGGGGAAGAGACACAUGACUGCUGAGAUGGUGCAGAAGAGGUAUCAGGCCUUAUGAAGAUAGUUUUGCCUCUCUCCAAUUAUUUGUUCUUGAGACAAUAAAUAGUCUGAAUUUAUUAAAAUGUUUAUCACCUUUAUACUUACAUUUUGUAGCAGGUCAGGGCUUCCUUCAGAUGUGAAAGACACAUUGCAAACACCCCUAUUUUGUCCUGUCCCAAGAAAAUUCUGUGGGGUUGCCAUGGCCAAGUAAUUAAGAAAUUUUCACAAAUAGACAAGUACACAAACUUCCUUGCUACAUCUUUUUCAUUAGCAUUAGUUGUAGCUGUGGUUUAGCUUUCCAAAGGCUGAGCCUUGUUCCUGACUGUUUAGUAUGUUAAGUUUGUCAUACUGACCAAUAUCUUGUGGGCUUUGCUAAUCCCUUUGCUAAUUGUGGGCUAAUCUUUUUGAUUAGAGGGAUUUUGUAUGAAAAAAAGAUAUGGCUUUGUUCAGGUCAGUGUUUUGCAGGAAUUCUGCUCAACAAUUUGACCAUCUUUUUCUACCUACUACAUUGUAACACUUUCCAGUACUGUUCCAUUAUGUAAAUAAGUGUUUCUGAUGUAGCUGAAUAAAUUGUGGUAUCUUAACCCCACUAAAUUAAUUACUA